AUGCACGUAUCGCAUCUUGGACUCUCUGUUUCCGACAAGCCAUCUUCGACGUCGUUCUACCUCGCAGCUCUCCAACCGCUCGGCUACCGAUUCAUUGGACGUCAAGGCGAUUCUAUAGGACUAGGGAUUGAAGACGCAGACCUGUUCCUCACCCAGGCCGAAAAAGGUACAAAGGUAUCUCCUACACACAUCGCAUUCACGGCACACAGCCAACUUGCAGUGCGGAACUGUUAUGCUGCGGCAUUAAAUGCGGGUGGGUGGCCGAGUGGCGCUCCGGGCAAGCGCAACGAUGAAUGCUCCUGCUUCAACGCUGCGGUGACAGACCCCGAUGGACACACCAUAGAAUUCAUCUUUCGCGAAACUCCCGACGGCGAGGCAUGCCAUAGCGCCGCACCGCCUUCCGAGUACACCUACGCAGGUGCAGGAACGGAGAGUAUCGCACGAAGCAGGUACCAGGACGACGACCGAUCGAUAGCCUCGAAGGCUUCGCGUGCAAAGUCACGAGCUCAGACCGCGCUGGACCUAGCAUCUGCUACUUCGAAAUCGACGAGGCAGUCCAUAACGUCGGCUCCCGCGCCCGGUCUUACACGCUCUCGGACCGAGCCCCUCUCUACUGAUGGCAGCAGAAAGCUCGUGGGCACCUUGCUGGGCGCCGCAGCUGGGGCCGCAAUAGCGUAUGUGGCGCAGCAGGCCGAGAGAGACAGCGCUCGUCAGGAAUCAGAAUAUGCUCGGUCAAGGCUGUCCUCCGCCAGGUUGGCUCGCACGAGAAGCAACUACGAAAGACCAGCCGCAUCCAGAGUCUCCAGUUCACGAUCGAAGAUCACGGGUCGAGAAAGAAUGGCGAUCGAACCGCGGAGCUACUCCGACGACGACUUUCCGGAUGUGAUGAGUCGCUACACGUCCUCACGACGUCCGGAACCGCAGCGUAGCAGGACUUAUGACGCUAUUGAGUACAGUCCACGAACAGCUUCUUCGACGAGGUCAGCACGAAGCGAGCGACACCGUCCGCAACGCUCGACCACUUUACCCGCAGACCUGCCAGACAACUUUUUCCAAGCGCCCAAGCUCAUCGCAGGUUCCCGGUACUCUUCAAGACGGGGGAGCAUGCCCGACGAGGGACUCAAGCGACACGACAGCGCAGUGAGCGUGCAGUCUUCCCGCUCCCGUCGCUCAGCCGACGGCAGCAGACGAUCGUCGGCUAGUCAGGCCAGCACCGUCAAACCGUCGAGAAGAGGCUCGACAUAUGGGAGUGCAGCCGAAUACCCUCUGCCGUCUUCAAAGGCAUCAUCUUCUAUGUCUUCAGCACUCAAAAGACCCCUGCCAGCCUCCCGAGCCUCGUCCUACGCCACAGGCCUCACAGCCGCGAACAUCUCCCUCCCACCAUCCCGCUACUCCGACCUCGCCGAAGAAUCCGACGGCAUGGACGACACGAAAACCAUCGUCCCCGAAGACAGCAUCUCCUGCAUCGACUUCUCCACCAAGUCCAAGUCGAAGCACGGUCGGAGUACCGGACGAGGCUCUUCGCGACACAGCAGCUCGAAGCGCUCGGAGGCGGAUAGCGAUCGCACCGUCAGACCUGCGAAGACGGGCGGCAGUAGGCACAGCGCGCAGACGCUUCCGACGCGGUUGAAGGAGGAUUAUUCGAGGAGUGGUAGGGAGGGGAAAUGGAGUACGAGGAGCCACAAUUGA